AUGCGUCGUUUUAAUGUUACUUGGUUUGAUAAAUAUGAGUGGCUUGAAUAUAGUGUUGAGAAAGAUGCGGCUUUUUGUUUUGUGUGCUAUUUGUUCACUGAUAAAGUUGAUUAUUCUCUGGUUGUUAAUGAUUCCUUUAUUAAAGGGGGAUUUAGAGGAUGGAAUAAGACUGGUAGAUUUGAUGUCCAUGUGGGUGGUAUUGGUAGUUUCCAUAAUCAGGCUAAUGAGAAAUAUAGUAUGUUUAUCAACCCAAAGACAUCAGUUGUUGAAUCUCUUUGCACUUAUUCUAAGGAAGCUAAACUACAAUACAAAUCUCGCUUGACUUAUUCAUUGAAAUGUAUUAGAUUUCUUUUAAAUCAAGGUUUAGCUUGUCGUGGGCAUAAUGAAAGUGAAGAAUCUUGGAAUAGGGGUAAUUUUCUUGCACUCUUUACAUGGUUUUCAGAAAAUAAUAGUGAGGUAGCAAAGGUUGUUCUAGGUAAUGCCCCGAGAAAUAAUCGAAUGACUAGUCCUUCAAUUCAAAAAGAACUUAUUAAUUGUUGUGCCAAAGAAACCACUAGACUUCUUAUUGAUGAUAUUGGGGAUGACUAUUUUGGAAUAAUGGCUGAUGAAUCAAGUGAUGUAUCUCAAAAGGAACAAAUGGCCCUUUGCUUGCGUUACGUCAAUAAUAAAGGGAAGAUAAAUGAGAGGUUUCUUGGAAUUGUACAUGUUAAGGAUACUACUGCUUUGUCACUAAAGAGUGCAAUUGAGUCUUUGCUUAUGGAAUAUUCAUUGAGUUUGUCUAGAGUUCGUGGACAAGGUUAUGACGGUGCUAGUAAUAUGAGGGGGGAGAUAAAUGGUCUCAAGACUUUGAUCAUGAAUGAAACAAAACAAGCCUAA